AUGGAAGGAGCUGAGAAAGGAGAAGGGGAGGCACCAGAAAGGGGGAGCGGAGAGGCCAAGUACAGGGGCAUCAGGAGGCGGCCGUGGGGGAAGUACGCGGCGGAGAUACGUGAUUCGAAGCGAAACGGGACCCGGAUGUGGUUGGGGACGUUCGGGACGGCGGAGGAGGCGGCACGGGCUUACGACAAGGCGGCUUACGCGAUGAGAGGCCAUCAAGCCAUUCUGAACUUCCCGAACGAGUUUCAUUCUGACGACAGUGCUUCGUUGAGGUCUCCUCCUUCUUGUACUGUGAGUUCAUCUUCUUCAUCAUCUAGUACUAGGCGUGAAGGAGGAGAAGAGCAAGACAAGGCCAUUGAGUUUGAGUAUUUUGAUAAUAAGUUGUUGGAGGAGCUUCUUGAGGUAAAAGAGGAGGGGCAAGAGAUGAAAAAGGCCAAGUUUAAGUGACUUGAUCGAACAUCUGGGUUUUUGUUGGGUACAAAAAAUGGUUUCUUUGGCUUUCUAUUGAAUUUUU